UGGAGUCCCGGCAGUCUGUGUGUGGGAUGAUGACGGUGCAGCUCAAUUCAUCCGUCCGGCCCCUGCCUGUCUGUCAGUGAGUCAAUAGAUAGGUUGCAAUCGUUUCGAACCCUCGCGCUCUCCUCGGCAUCCGAGGCCAUCGACGUCCCAAAACAGCAGCGAUGAAGCUGUCCAGCACCCCCACGACGGACCUCAGGCGGCCCGGGUGGAAGAAGACGAAGCCGUCCCCUCGACAUCUCGUUCUCAAGCAUGGAAAGCGGAUCCUUCGCAACACCAAAGGCUCCGUCCCGGCGCCGCUGGAACCGGGCCAGGAGCAGCUCUACUCGUCUUACGUGCCCGGAGUGGAGGCCGGCCUUCACCGGAUUGAUGUAACGCAGAACGUGGUGGCCGGGACCGAGUGCAAGUCUUUCUCGACCAGCCACCAGUUCAACGUCAUUGCGCCGCGCUUCUCUUUGCCCGAGAAGGCCGUUGACUCAAUCUACCCUCCGCCUGGGCAUGCCGACCUGCUCCAGGUGCUACCGCACAUGGUGUUCAACGAUCCGACGCUUCCGUGGGAGCGCAUCGCCAGCCACGGCGACGAGCGCAGCCACCCGGCCGACUUUGACUUUAACCGCGUGCCCUGGCUAGCCGUUUUGCUGUUUACUAGGGACGAACUGCGUGUCGACCCGUCUGCUUUGUCCACCAUGUUCGCGGGCACCAGCCUUGGCACGGCCGUGGCCCAGAGCCCGACGCUGACGGUGCCGGGCGUGCUAGCGGCCGAAGUGGGCAAGAUCUUGGACACGGCGUCGUCUGUCGCGUGGGACGGAAGCUCGGACGGCGCGGACGCCAAGACGGACCUGAUUCUGGUCCGUUCUGGGCUCUUCAACGGCCUCUUCACCGACUGGCAGCCAGACGGCACGGGCCGCAAGACGCAGACGACGUGCUGCGUGCGGCCGUACCGGUACCUCGCCCACGUGCGCCACAUCCACCUCCACGGCACCGCAGCGGCGGCCCAGACGGACGAUGACGACCACGCUUACUCGGUCGUCGCGAGCCACCGUGCCGGUCCGCUCGACAUCACGCAGCCCACGCCCGUGGUGGCGCACCUGGUCAACAUCGAGGCUGUCGAGGCCAUGGCGUGGCCAGUACCGGCAUCCACGCCAUUCGUCGCCGUGACGUCGCUCUACUCGUGGGAAUACACCUGUCUGCCGCCACAUUCGUUCAACGUAGCCGAUGCGUUUCGAGAUCUCGGCGACACCCUCGGCCGCCUCCGUCCCUGUCUCAGCGCGGCUGACAGAGACCAGCUGCAGCAGGCCGGCGGCGUGGGGACCCGGUUGGCCGCGCGGCUCGACGACGGCUUCUCGUUGAGCCGGUACCGGUUGCCGACGGGCGAAGUCUCGUCGGCCUUCUUCCGCGGCCCUUUGACGCCGAACACGGUGUCGUUCCCGCCGGAGCAGCCCGCGUGGCCGGCCACAUCCACCACGGGCACGAAGCUGCAGAUCCUCGACGACCAGCUCAACAUCAUGGACAUUACCUACUCGGCCGCCUGGGCCUUGGGCAAGACCCUGGCGCUGGCAGACCAGGCCUUUUCUGCAGCGCUGUCGCGCGUCCGCAAGCAGGUGUUCGACGAGGCCACCAACGAAGCGCAGAUCAGCGCCAUCAGGGCAUGGUCGGCCGAUCUGGGCAUCCGGUCGCCCAUUCGGACGCGUGAGGAGGUCGUGAGCACCAUUGCCCACACGGUCCAGACGGUGGCCGGUCUCCCUCGCUCCCGACGCCUGUCACAGCACGCCCGUGGCAUGGCCAACCGCUGGCUCCGCCGGGAGCUGCCGGCGCUCGACCUCGGCUACAAGAGCGGUGCGAUCGACCCCGAGAUCGACAAGCACCUCCAGGCGGCCGCCAAGAAGGUGGCCAGCAGCGCCGGGGAUGCCGACGUGCCCUAUAACGAACACAACGUGCCCUACUCGACCGACUGGGCCGUGGUGCUCCGCUGGGUCAUGGACCGGUACUUCCUCGCGAACACGCCCGCGCACUACCUCAUCUCGGACCCUAGCCACCUCCCGCCCGAAAGCCUGCGCUUCUUCUACAUCGACCCCGCCUGGGUCAGCGCGCUGGUCGACGGGGGGCUCAGCCUGGCCAACCACUUGGACCGUGACGACGACCGGCUGCGCGACGCCAUCAAGGGCGCCAUCAACACGUGCCUGACCACCACGAUGCCGGGCCUGGGCUACACCCCUCCCGUGCCCACGUACGGCUUCCUGUUGCGCUCCGCCCUGGUCACCAAGUUCCCGGAUCUGAUUGUCGAUUUCAAGAGAAAAGAACAAGACGGCACGAAGGGUGAGGCCCGGCAAGACAACGACAGUGGUCCGCCCGUCAUUCUGCGGCACGACGUCAUCGGCCCGGACACGCUCCUCGGCCUGCUCCGUGAAUACCCUGUAUCGCCCGACUUCACGUCGCUGCUGCUCCGCCAGCCACCCCACCAGCAGUACUUCUCGGCAGCCGAGGACCUGAGCGCCACGGGCAUCUCCAUGCAGUACCAGCGCGUCUACACCGACGGCGCGGCCGAGGAUGAGGACAAGGACCGCGGUAUCCCAUACACCCUGCAGCGAGGCGUCGCUCCACCUCUCGACAGGGGCGUCAACUUCAUAUGGGGUACCAAGGACACGGCGGUGGACCUGCGCAUCCUGAACGUGGAGAACAUGGCGCGCGACGUGCGUACACAGCUCAUACAGCUGUUCACCGCGCUCGGCCAUCCGGAGUGGUACAGCGAGCCCUACCCCACCUCGGCCUUGAUGGGCAUCCAGUUGAGCGAGCCGAGCUGGCAGCUCGAAUUCGCCCUGCCAGAGAAGAAGAAAAGCACCGAUGCGACGGCAGUGCCGCCGUUGCCGUUGCCGUUGCCGUUGCCGUUGCUGUCCACCAAGCCGCGGCAGCCAAGAACGAGAAACAAGGCAUCUUGGGGAACCGACGAUCACGACCGUUCCGGCCCUGCCUGCGCGCCUCACCCAGCCUUUGGCGACCGCCGCCGCGCCGUGCCCAUGCGCCUGGCUCAUCCGCCUCCCCACGCGCGUCUGCCGCGGCCGUCGUCUCAUCCCGCCGCCCGAUUCCCGGCACGAGUCAAGCCGCCGCCUCGUCCCCCUCAGUACGGCCCCUCCCCCUCCGCCGUCGGAAUCGGAUCGCCCGGCAGCCCCCCCUCGGGGCCUCCCGUGAUCGAGUACAAGCUCUACCCCAUCGGCGCUGCCGCCGCCGGCGCGUCCGAAGUGCCCGUGCAACCUGGCCGACAGGACCUCGUCUUCUCGCUCGUGCUGCAGCCGGGCACGGGUCAGACGUUCGAGCUCGAGUGGCUGCAGCUGCAGGUGCCGCUGCAGCCGCCGCGGCCGCUGAUGGACAACUACGACGGCGCGGGCGCCGAAAUGCUGUCUAACCUGCGCCUGAACGUGCUGGCGCAGUUUGCGCCCGCCGACGACGGCCGUUCGCCCUAUCUGCUGCUGACGCUGCGGCCGCGGAGCACGACCGGUUCGAUUCCUGCGGCUAAGAUUGAUGAGAUGAGCUUCCUGCUGAGCGGCGUCGUCGUUCAUAAGUAUGCUGGGUCGCCCGUGUCGGUCGAUAUCAAGGUUGUGGAGCAGUACAGGGAUAGGGGCCAGUGGGGGGACCAUCUUUACGUUCGGCUUGUGCCGCCCUCGUAGGGAGUCGUCACUUCGAGGGCCAUAUAUGGGAGUAGGACAAGUCGAGGGGGGGUGGGCGUUGUGCCUUGACCCAGGUAGCUAGCUAGGUAGUAGUAGACACAAAUCCUGUUUCGCACCUGCAUCGUAUCCCCCCUUUUAGCCAAUCAGAUGCCAC